GAAUCGAAACAGUGGGACCGUGCGCCAUGUCACGACUCAUCGUGAAGAACCUCCCAGAUGGGAUGAAGGAGGAGCGUUUCCGGCAGCUGUUCACCGCCUUCGGCACACUGACAGACUGCAGCCUCAAGUUCACCAAAGACGGCAAGUUCCGCAAGUUCGGCUUCAUCGGCUUCAAGUCCGAGGAAGAGGCCCAAACAGCGCUGAACCAUUUCAACAGGAGUUUUAUCGACAUGUCCCGGAUCACGGUAGAGUUCUGCAAGUCGUUUGGGGACCCGACAAAGCCCCGAGCCUGGAGCAAGCAUGCCCAGAAAACAAGCCAGUCCAAGCCCCCUCCGAAAGACAAAGACCCCAUCUCCCCAGAAACUAAGAAGGGUGACAAGAAGAAAAAGGUAGCAGGUGAAUUGGAGAAGCUGAGGGAAGAUAACGAGUUCCAGGAGUUCCUGUCAGUUCACCAGAAGCGGACGCAGGCGGCCACCUGGGCUAAUGAUGCCCUGAACGUUGAGCCCUCGAAAGGGAAGAACAACUUGGCCGACGACUACCUGAACUUCGACUCUGACUCAGGGCAGGAGAGCGAGGAGGAGGGAGCCGAAGAAGCCCCGGAAGAGGAGGACAGCAGCCUGGAACCCAAGGCAGCCGCACGGAAGGAGCUGUCGGACAUGGAUUACCUGAAAUCCAAGGUGGUGGAGGCCGAGUCGACAUCCUCAGAGGAGAGUGAAGAUGAAGCCGUGAACUGCGAGGAAGGGAGCGAGGCCGAGGAAGAGGGUUCCUGCACCCCCGCCGCCCAGCAGGACAGGGAGGCGGCCCAAGCCAAGACCGAGAAACCAGCCAACCAGAAGGAACGCACCACCACCCACACCGUGAAGCUGCGGGGAGCCCCAUUCAACGUCACAGAGAAAAACGUCAUGGAAUUCCUGGCACCCCUGAAACCGGUGGCCAUUCGAAUAGUGAGAAAUGCCCAUGGAAACAAAACAGGGUACGUCUUUGUGGAUUUCAGCAGUGAAGAGGAAGUGAGGAAAGCUCUGAAAUGCAACAGGGAAUACAUGGGUGGACGCUACAUCGAGGUGUUUAGGGAAAAGCACGUCCCCGCAGCCAAGGUGCCCCCAGAGAAUAGCGCCAAACCCUGGCAAAGCCGGACACUCGGGGAGCAUGAAGAGGAAGAGGACCUGGCCGACUCUGGGAGGCUCUUUGUGCGAAACCUGCCCUACACCAGCUCCGAGGAAGACCUGGAGAAGCUCUUCUCCAAAUACGGUCCCCUGUCUGAGCUGCAUUACCCCAUCGACAGCCUGACCAAGAAGCCCAAGGGCUUUGCCUUCGUCACCUUCAUGUUCCCGGAGCACGCCGUGAAGGCCUACGCUGAAGUGGAUGGGCAGGUGUUCCAGGGCAGGAUGCUCCACGUGUUACCAUCCACCAUCAAGAAGGAGGCCGGCGAGGACGCAGACACCCCAGGAUCAUCGUCUUACAAGAAGAAGAAAGAGUCAAAAGAUAAAGCCAACAGCUCCAGCUCUCACAACUGGAACACGCUGUUCAUGGGCCCGAAUGCAGUGGCCGACGCCAUCGCCCAGAAGUACAGCGCCACCAAGAGUCAAGUGUUUGACCAUGAGACCAAGGGCAGCGUGGCCGUGCGCGUGGCCCUGGGAGAGACCCAGCUCGUCCAGGAGGUGCGGCGCUUCCUCCUCGACAAUGGGGUCAGUCUGGACUCCUUCAGCCAGGCCGCCGCUGAGCGAAGCAAGACCGUGAUCCUGGUGAAGAACCUCCCAGCCGGCACCCUGGCGGCUGAGCUGCAGGAGACCUUUGGCCGCUUCGGCAGCCUGGGCCGCGUGCUGCUGCCAGAGGGUGGCGUCACGGCCAUCGUGGAGUUCCUGGAGCCGCUGGAGGCCCGCAAGGCCUUCCGACACCUGGCCUACUCCAAGUUUCACCACGUCCCCCUGUAUCUGGAGUGGGCUCCGGUGGGCAUCUUUUCCAGCCCAGCCCCACAGAAGAAAGAACUCCGAGAUGCACCAGCAGAGCUGGCCGGAAAGGACAGGAUGGAGCCAGAAACAGACGGCGAGACCCCAGAAGGUGAAAAGCUGACAGAGGGAGCAGCACACGACACUUCAGCAAAGGUGGAGGAGGAAGAGAAUGAGGAGAGCCUUCCCGGGUGCACACUGUUUAUCAAAAAUCUCCACUUCGACACGACUGAGGAGACGCUGAAGGGGGUGUUUUCCAAAGUGGGUGUGGUGAAGAGCUGCUCCAUUUCCAAGAAGCAGAACAAAGCAGGCAUGCUGCUGUCCAUGGGGUUUGGAUUCGUGGAAUACAGGAAACCGGAGCAGGCCCAGAAAGCUCUCAAACAGCUCCAGGGUCACGUCGUGGACGGCCACAAGCUGGAAGUCAGGAUCUCAGAACGAGCCACCAAGCCAGCCCUGACAUCCGCUCGGAAGAAACAGGUGCCCAGAAAGCAGACAACCUCCAAGAUCCUGGUGCGGAACAUCCCCUUCCAGGCUGACAGCCGUGAGAUCCGCGAGCUCUUCAGCACCUUCGGGGAGCUGAAGACAGUCCGCUUGCCAAAGAAGAUGACGGGGAUGGGCUCGCACAGAGGGUUCGGCUUCGUCGACUUCCUCACCAAGCAGGAUGCGAAGAGGGCCUUCAACGCCCUGUGUCACAGCACCCACUUGUACGGCCGGAGGCUGGUGCUGGAGUGGGCCGACUCCGAGGUGAGCCUGCAGGCCCUGCGGCGGAAGACGGCCGAGCACUUCCACGAACCCCCGCAGAAGCGGUCUGUGGUGUUGGACGAGAUCCUGGAGCAGCUGGAAGACAGUGAGGACGGCGGCGACGAGCAGACCCUUCAGCCGUGA